CCGAGCUCAAUAUAGUUUCAUUUCUCAGGAAGUCAAACAGACGGUCGUUGUCUCUGAGAGGUGAAAUGGCGCAGAAAGGAGCUAAGCUGGAUCAGGAAACCUUCUCUUGUUCCAUCUGUCUGGAUCUACUGAAGGAUCCGGUGACUGUUCCCUGUGGACACAGCUAUUGUAUGAAGUGUCUUCAAAGCUACUGGGAUACAGAGGAUGAGAAGAAACUCUACAGCUGCCCUCAGUGCAGGCAGACCUUCACACUGAGGCCUGUCCUGCUGAGAAACACCAUGUUAGCAGUUUUAGUGGAGGAGCUGAAGAAGAGCGGACUCCAAGCUGCUCCUGCUGAUCACUGCUAUGCUGGAGCUGAAGAUGUGGCCUGUGAUUUCUGCAGCGGGAGGAAACUGAAAGCCCAGAAGUCCUGUCUGCAAUGUCUGGCCUCUUACUGUCAGAAUCACCUUCAGCCUCAUUUUGAAGUAGCUCCUUUAAAGAAACACAAGCUGGUGGAGCCGUCCAAGAGGCUUCAGGAGAACGUCUGCUCUCGUCAUGAUGAGGUGAUGAAAAUGUUCUGUCGCACUGAUCAGCAGUCUAUCUGUUAUCUUUGCUCUGUGGAUGAGCAUAAAGGCCACGACACAGUCUCAGCUGCAGCAGAGAGGGCCGAGAGGCAGAGAGAGCUGGAGGUGAGUCGACAAAACAUCCAGAAGAGAAUCCAGGACACAGAGAAAGAUGUGAAGCUGCUUCAACAGGAAGCAGAGGCCAUCAAUCGCUCCGCUGAUAAAGCAGUGGAGGACAGCCAGGAGAUCUUCACCCAGCUGAUCUGUCUCAUGAAGAAACAACGCUCGGAUGUGGCCCAGCAGGUCCGAUCUCAGCAGGAAAGCCAAGUGAGUCAGGUCAAAGAGCUGGAGGAGAAGCUGAGGCAGGAGAUCGCUGAGCUGAAGAGGAAAGAUGGCGAGCUGCAGACACUGUCACAAACACAGGAUCACAACCAGUUUCUACACGACUACCCCUCACUGUCAGCACUCAGACAACCAUCACGCUCAUCCAGCAUCCAUAUCCGUCCUCUGAGGUACUUUGAAGACGUGACAGCAGCUGUGUCAGCAGUCAGAGAUAAACUACAGGACAUCCUGACAGAGACAUGGACAAACAUCUCACUCACAGUGACUGAAGUGGAUGUUUUACUGCCACAACCAGAGCCCAAGACCAGAGAGGAGUUCAUCAGAUAUUCAUGUGACAUCACACUGGAUCCAAACACAGCAAACAGAUAUUUGUUAUUAUCUGAUGGGAACAGAGAAGCAACACUGAUGAGUAAACCACAGUCUUAUCCUAGUCACCCAGACAGAUUCAAUGAUUGUUUUCAGGUCCUGAGUCGAGAGAGUCUGACUGGACGUUGUUACUGGGAGGUGGAGUGGAGAGGAGGAGUUUUUGUAGCAGUCGCAUACAAGAAUAUCAGCAGAACAGGUUUCGGGAAUGAAUGUGGAUUUGGAUACAAUGACAAAUCUUGGGCGUUACAUUCUGAUUACAGUGGCUAUAACUUUUGGUACAACAGUGUUCAGACUCCUCUCUCUGGUCCUCUGUCCUCCAGAGUGGGAGUGUACCUGGAUCACAGAGCAGGUAUUCUGUCCUUCUACAGCAUCUCUGCAACCAUGACUCUCCUCCACAGAGUCCACACCACAUUCACUCAGCCUCUACAUGCUGGACUUUGGGUUGGUAUUGGUGGUACUGCUGAGCUGUGUAAGCUGACGUAGAAAGAAGUCAUUUAAAGGAAAAGUGGGUUAACUUCUGUGUUUGAAUCCUUCAGCUUGAGUUUGUUGCUGAGAGCUGGUUGGACCUCAUUCACCAACCGUUCUUACUCACAAACUUGUUCUUCAUUGCAGUGACAAAUGAUUAAAACCUUUGGAUAUCAUUGGAGAUGAAAUAAAGAAACUUAAGAGUUGGCUUGAUUCAGAUAAACUAUCACUGAACCUAUGCAAGACUCUUUUUAUCAUUUAGGGAAACAAAUUCAACCAAGAAACAUUUGAUUUUUUGGUAGUUUGUUUUUUUUUUAUUGUAACUU